UCAUAGACUCAUAGCACUAUCACGGCGCGGCACAAAUUCGCCGGAGGACUAUCCACAAGAAAUUCGUCCGAUCCGUCUCCGUCCACAAGCUGUGUGUUCUCUAUGUCCUGCCCAUCGACUGGCGUACGUACUGCCACAUAUAAGGAAGGUGCGGUGCAUCCGUGUGCUGCCCAGCUCCACACGCUAGCCAUAGCCAGCGGGCAAUUCUACCUGGCAACUGCGACCUCCGUCGCCCCGGCCGGCCAUGUCGCAGGUGAGGAUCGUCGACGCGAGCUACGUCGAUGUGCCGGAGACCGCCGUCCGGCCACCGGGGCCGAUCAAGCUGACCGCCAUGGAGGCGCUGUGGAUCGUCAUCCCGGUGCUGCAGCACGUGCUGCUCUACGAGGGCGACGACGACACGCCGCCCUUCGACGCUAUCGUUCAGUCGCUUCGUUCCUCCCUCGCCGCGACUUUGCGCAGCUUCGCGCCGCUCGCCGGCAAGCUGGUCCACCUCGAGGAAACGGGGGACGUCGGCAUCAGCUGCUCCGCCUCCGACAGCGUCCGGUUCGUCGUCGCGGAGUGCGACGCAGACAUCGGGCGCCUGGCCGGAGACGAGGAGCACGACCUGCGCGUGCUCGAGGGGCUCGUGCCGGAGGUGGACAUGAGCCUGCUGCCGACCCCCGUGCUGGCCGUGCAGGCCACGCGCUUCCAGGGCGGCGUGGCGGUCGGGGUGACGGUGCACCACGGUGUCGCCGACGGCCGGGCGCUGUGGACGUUCGUUGAGGCGUGGGCGGCGGCGUGCCGGGGCGAGACGCCGGCCACGACGCCGUGCUUCGACCGCUCCCUCGUCAAGCUGCCCGGCGGCGAAGAGCUGGCCAGGAGCGUCGUACGGAAGGUGGCCCCGAAUUUGCCUUCGCCAAGUCUUAAUGGAGAGACACAACAUGUAAAAAGACAAAAAGUAAAAGUAAAAAAACAACGCAUCGUCAAUCUAGGGGAAUCCCACGGCGCACCCUUGCCUCACUCGCCAUCAACUUUCACCAUCAUCGUCGUGCUCGCUUGGACGUGCUCCGCCCGGUGCAAGCCCUCCUUGGAGGACGACGCGCAACUCUUCUUCUUCGCCAACUCCCGCGGCCGCCUUGUCCCUCCUGUCGACAAAGGGUACAUCGGUGCGUGCCUUACCGGGUGCGUAUCGAAACUCCCCGUGCCGGAGCUUCGUGGCGACCGCGCCUUGGCAGCCGCGGCGUCGACGGUGCAGGACGGGAUCCACAAGGUGAAGGAGGACCCUGUCGCCGGGUGGAACUUUUACAUGCUGAUGGCUGAUGCCUCUAUGGGCCGUAUGAUGAACAUAUCGGGAUCGUCGGGGAAGCCGAUGCGAACGGAGCCGAUCACGAUGAACCACGACGGUCAGGUGGCCCUGAUGCGUAGCAGGGAUGGCCGGGGGGUGCAGGUGUCGUUGUCACUGCUCCGACCGGCACACAUGGAUGCGUUCAAGUCUAAUUUCCAUGAGCUACUCAAGUGAUGCUUUUUUUUUCUUUUCGGGUCAAUUCAAAUUAGUCGGCUCAAAUUAAUGUUCGGUGGAGGAUGCAAAUAGCAACACACGUGAGAAUAUCUGAAGAAGAUGACGUCACCGCUGACACUACUUAAGAGCAUGGUUAAUAGUAUAGCCAGCUGCUGGCUAUAAGCCUGUACCAUGUCACCUAUAGCCCGUCUUAUAGCCAACAUGUACAAUAGUAGAUAAAAAGAGUGUACUACUUUUUUAUUAUGUGGCCCACCUUUCAUUUUCACAAAGUGCCUAGGAGCACGUGCUAGAGCUGGCUCUUCACGAAGAGCCCGCUUACUUUCUCUCUCAUCUUCUCUUUCCUUCAACUAAGCAGAAAUAUACUAGUUUAUUUCUUAUAG